CCGCGCGCCCUACAUCCAGCGCCUGCCCGAGGGGGCUCAGUCCGCAGUCGCCGCUGUCGCCGCCGCGCUUUGGCCUCGGAGCUGGCAGCGGCCACUGGUGCCGCCUAGACAGCUGUGCGGGCAACCGGUAGCUGUUCUUAGCUGUGUCCAGCCCUUCGGGAACACAUCCUGUGUGAGGUCCCUCCAGCUAUAAGGUGGGCACCAUGUCUGAGAAGUUCGACUGUCACUACUGCAGGGACCCCCUGCAGGGGAAGAAGUAUGUGCAGAAGGAUGGCCACCAUUGCUGCCUGAAGUGCUUUGACAAGUUCUGCGCCAACACCUGCGUGGAGUGCCGCAAGCCCAUAAGUGCUGACGCCAAGGAGGUGCACUAUAAGAAUCGCUACUGGCACGACACCUGCUUCCGUUGUGCCAAGUGCCUUCACCCCUUGGCCAGCGAGACCUUUGUGUCCAAGGAUGGCAAGAUCCUGUGCAACAAAUGCGCCACUCGGGAGGACUCCCCCAGGUGCAAAGGGUGCUUCAAGGCCAUUGUGGCAGGAGACCAGAACGUGGAGUACAAGGGCACCAUCUGGCAUAAAGACUGCUUCACCUGCAGCAACUGCAAGCAAGUCAUUGGGACCGGAAGCUUCUUCCCUAAAGGGGAGGACUUCUACUGUGUGACUUGCCAUGAGACCAAGUUCGCCAAGCAUUGCGUGAAAUGCAACAAGGCCAUCACAUCUGGAGGAAUCACUUACCAGGAUCAGCCCUGGCAUGCCGAGUGCUUUGUGUGUGUUACCUGCUCUAAGAAGCUGGCUGGGCAGCGUUUCACCGCUGUGGAGGACCAGUAUUACUGCGUGGAUUGCUACAAGAGCUUUGUGGCCAAGAAGUGUGCUGGAUGCAAGAACCCCAUCACUGGGAAAAGGACUGUGUCAAGAGUGAGCCACCCAGUCUCUAAAGCUAGGAAGCCCCCAGUGUGCCACGGGAAACGCUUGCCUCUCACCCUGUUUCCCAGCGCCAACCUCCGGGGCAGGCAUCCGGGUGGAGAGAGGACUUGUCCCUCGUGGGUGGUGGUUCUUUAUAGAAAAAAUCGAAGCUUAGCAGCUCCUCGAGGCCCGGGUUUGGUAAAGGCUCCAGUGUGGUGGCCUAUGAAGGACAAUCCUGGCACGACUACUGCUUCCACUGCAAAAAAUGCUCCGUGAAUCUGGCCAACAAGCGCUUUGUGUUUCAUAAUGAGCAGGUGUAUUGCCCUGACUGUGCCAAAAAGCUGUAACUUGACAGGGGCUCCUGUCCUGUAAAAUGCUUUGUGUCCUUUGCUCACUCCCUCUGUACCAUCCAUAGGGGAGGAGUGGGUUUUCACCUCUUUAAAGUUGCUCCUUCUGUCUUUUCUCCCAUUUUACAGUAUUAAUCAACCAAGGGCACACAGUGAUCAUAUUAGAAAUUAGCAAAGAGCAACCUUGCAGCAAAAAUAAUUUCUCUGUUGCUGCAGUGGAAAAACAAAAAACAAAAAAACAAAAAAACAAAAAACAAACAAAAAAAAACUUAGAUUGACUCUUCUGCAUGUUUCUCAUAGAGCAGAAAAGUGCUAACCAUGUAGCCACUUGAUGAUGUAAGCAAGAAGCAUAGGUGAUAAGGCUCCCACUGAGAUGCCUUCCAGGGCUCAUCUGGGACCCACUGUGCGGUCACAUGACUGAUGUGCAAGAGUUGUAGCGGCUGCUCCAGCUCCCUGCUCACCUUAGUCUGUGGGCAGUAAAGAACUUGCCAGAAUGCAUGGUUGAACUUCAUCAGAACUCUGACCUUCCUUCUGUUCUUUUGUGCUUUCACAUGACUAACACAAAUUUCCAGAAAAUUAACAUUUUGAACUUAGCUGUAAUUCUUAACUGACUUUUCCCCAUACUAACGUUUGAUUCCCCCACGUGGCGUGUUCUCUGAGUGUUCCUACUUUAAAGCCUGGAGCACACAGGUGGUUUGGAAAGUCUAAGAAGAUCUGAGAAACAAGCUUGUUUCAGAACAACAUCGUCACAGUGACUACUUCUGGAAGCUUAACAAAACUAACCCUCCUGUUCUUUUUAAUUUUUUUUAAAAAAUUGUUUUGUUUUAAUUAAUAGUAAAAAUAGUUUAUGGGUUUGGAAACUUGCAUGACAGUAUUUGAGCCUCCUCAGACGUUCCUGCAGUUUUGAGAUUCAUCCUAUAAAGAGACAAAAACUCUAGAGGGCCAGCUGAGCAGGCACAGGGCUGUCGUCAACAAGAAUAGAACAUUUCAAAAUCGGGACAAGUUGAAUCCCUUGUAACAGAGUUGUCUGCUCUUUGUCUGUGUUCAAGACUGCAAAGUCCUUUAUCUUGUGAUUCUUAGAACUUUCCCUCAAGAGUUUAACAGGUCUCGGGGGAAGUUGGGGGUGGUUUCCCACCUCCUGCUUCUCUGAAAUGCAGGAUACCUACCUACUUAACUGUAUUCUCCAUUAUGAUAUUACAUAUAUAAAGAGACAAUAUCAAAGUAAACAUGUAAUGAAAAUACAGAUUCAUAUAUUACUGUAGCAGUGGUUGUAGAUGCCGACACCUCAUUUCCACAUGUUGUCGUUAGCUGUUUCCAUCUAACGUUUCAGUGUAUCCUUACGAAAAUAAAGCAGCAUAGAAAGAA